AUGGCGACCCCUGCCGUUGUACCAAAAAAAGGGCUACUUCCUACCCCAGUUCCGUCCUCAGCGGUGCCGCUCAAUGUGCGGAAUCCCAAGCGGAGUGCGCGGCCCUCGGACCCAAGUGCGAUUGACUUGCCGCCUGCCAAGGCGCAGAAAGGGACUAGAUCGCACGCUCGCAGCAAGAACACAGGAAACCAUGUGUGUCUUGGCUGUCAAGCAACGUCUACGCCCGAGUGGCGCAAGGGUCCGACUGGGCCUAGGACAUUGUGUAAUGCAUGUGGUCUCUUGUACGCCAAAAUGUAUCGCAAGCGUGAACAGGAUGCAGUAGCAGCCGCAAUUGCCUGUAACCGCGACCCUACGCAGGCCAAGAAGGAGAUUGCAGAUGCUCUAUUGCAGCCAGAUUGCCGCGAAGAGCAGCUGGAGUCCAUUCGUGCGGGAGUACGUGUGGUUGCGAGUAUGAAACAACACCGCAUGGGUGUGAAUUUGAUCAAAACAGAUGUCCGCGCGAUGCCUCCCAUGAUUAAACCCACCAACUAA